GGUGUGAUCGAAGCGCACGGGCCAGGUUUUAUUGAGCCGGCGUGGGCAGGCAAUGACAGUUGAAAACGAACGUCGUUCAGGAAAGACCUACAUCCGCUCUCAUCUAGUUUGUUGAAUUGUAGUUUCCGUAGCCCAAUAUGAAGCGAAGUCUGAGUGACAGUGAAAGCGACGAUGGAUUCGAGGAUCGCCUUAAGGCAGGAUCCCCGUCACAGAGCUGCCAGAUUACCGACAGAAAGAAAAGGCGAGGGAUAAUCGAGAAGCGCAGGCGUGACAGGAUAAAUAACAGUCUAUCGGAACUUCGGAGACUUGUACCAUCUGCCUUUGAGAAACAGGGUUCAGCCAAGCUCGAGAAGGCGGAGAUCCUACAAAUGACGGUUGAUCAUUUGAAGCUGCUACAUCAGAAAGGAAUAAACACAUACAAUUUCGAUCCGCAUGCUGUGGCUAUGGAUUAUCGGAGUGUUGGCUUCCGUGAAUGUGCGGCCGAAGUUGCGCGUUACAUGGUGGCUGUAGAGGGUAUGGACCUACAGGACCCUCUUCGUUUGCGCCUGCUGAGUCACCUUCAAUGUUAUUCCGCCCAGAGAGAAGCCGCAGCCAAAGCUUCACUUCAGAAUUCUUCUUGGAGUUCCAUGACUCCGCAUUCUGGCUUCAACUCUCAGUACGGCAGUGCUACCAUGUCAGGCAUGAGUGGAAUGAUUACAUCACAGCAUGUUGGUCAAUCGGAACAUCUUUCCUCUAUGUCUGCACACUCGGGACACUCCGGAGUUUCAUCGUCAGUGUCGUUCAGCGAAUCUCGUCUCAGUCAGUCUGACAGCGCCGCUUCUAUUCAUGGACAUAUGCGGCUUCCGACUGCCGGUGUUGGUGGGCAGGUCCCUUCAAUGAACUCUUCGACAUCACAGGUUUCUCAAAUCUCACCCCCGCUCCUCUCAUCUCUACCCCAGCUUCACAACCAGUUCCCAGUGUCGCUCAACGUGAACUCAGUGUCGUCCAUGAUGUCGCCAAACUCAGGCCCUAUCUACAACCCUGCCUCUUCCGCCAACCAGCACUCCCAUUCUGUCAAACCAUACCGACCAUGGGGCGCUGAACUUGCCUACUAACCAAUGUACGAAUUACAUCUAAAUGGGACAAAUGCAAUAUAUUUAUUUGUAUAUUUUGUACAAGAUAGUUUUACAUUAUUUUAUAUACUUCAUGCAUGGUGAAAAACUAUAUGCUAUGCAAGUGACAUUUGGAUAUUACAGUGAAGAUGUUAUAUAUUGUGCCUAUCGACUUCGCUUGUUCCAAACUGUGUCAGUGACCAGUGUUCAAAGGAACCAGUGGUACAUGUGCCUGUCCAAAAAACCUGGGUAGGUUCACCAAGUUUCAUGUACUUGGUACUGUGUGGAACACUGUAAAUAUUAGUAAGCUAUGCAAACCUGACUAUGCAACAUAUCAGAUAUUUAUAUAGAAAACUGACAGUUAUUUACAUUUUAUUUAUUUCUAUACUUGGAGUGCUUUUAUUUUUAAAUAUUUGUGUGUGCAUAUUGACUAAAUGUUUGCUCAGAGACUCACCAUUUAUGUCUUCCACAAUACGAAUGGCCUGAUUUUUGUAAUUUAGACCAUGUUGUCUCUGUGUCAUUCUUUCCUGGUCUGCGAUGCAAUAAAAGCGUUGGUUGUUA